UGACCGCGGUGUUGGAAAGCGAGAGCAUCCAAGGCUUGUCGGGAGUGAAGCCGAUGGGCUACCGAAAGCGGUCCUCCAGCACGGAGGAGAAUACGUACAGCCUGGAAGCCAUCGUCCGCCAGCUGAACGCGUUCCACGGCGUCAUGUGUGACCAGGGCCUCGACCCGGAGAUCAUCCAGCAGGUCUUCAAGCAGCUCUUCUACAUGAUCAACGCCGUGGCCUUGAACAACCUGCUGCUGAGGAGGGACGUCUGUUCGUGGAGCACGGGGAUGCAACUCAGGUUUAACAUCAGCCAACUGGAAGAAUGGCUACGGGGGAAGAACCUCCAUCAGAGCGGGGCGGCGGAGACCAUGGAGCCCCUGAUCCAGGCCGCCCAGCUCCUGCAGCUGAAAAAGAAGACCUCGGAAGAUGCGGAGGCGAUAUGUUCCCUCUGCACAUCCCUCACUACGCAACAGAUUGUAAAAAUACUGAAUCUCUACACUCCUGUGAACGAGUUUGAAGAGCGAGUGACGGUCAGCUUCAUAAGAAACAUUCAG